GCGCUCCCUCUUCUGCUCUGCAUUUCUAUCACAGAGCGACUUUCUGAGCGCUGAAGUGCCGGUUCCAGUUGAGUCAUGCUUUAGGUCUCUUAGUUCAGUAAUAGUUGUGUUCUUAUAGAUGAGUUUUUCAGGUCCUUGUGCUGCACAUAAAACAUCAUCAGAUUAUUCUGCUGGCUAUUUUCUUGAACUUUGCUUGGCACACAUUAGUUUUUUUAUGUUAUCUGUGAAGAUAUGCAGCAUGGAAUUCAAUAUAAUAUAACUAUAAAAUAAUAUAAUAUAAGAUAACUUGUUUAAAAUAUUAUAAAAACUGACGUUCUUUGAUGCUUGUUCCUGGUUUGCAGAAAAGUUGAUUAGUAGUAGAUUAAAGCAGAUGGCACGACACACUUUAAUGAGUCUUCAUCUUCGUCCAUUAUCUGAAUUAGAUACGGUCAAAUAACAUAUUGACGUAUUUCCAACAGUGUUCAACUCCACCUGCAGCUUGAGGAGAAUGAUACUGAUCUUAAGAAACAGAUGUGUGGCAAAAUGUCAGGUCAUGUAAAUGGUGCGCUCGCUGUAUUUUUUAAUCAAGGAGUAAUCGUUAACCAUUUAAAACAGAGAUGCACAAACCAGUUGGCCAAUGAUGACCUUUGAUUUGGCCUGCCAUGCCAAAUCACGAGAGCAAAGCGAUCAUCUGGUUGCUCUGACGGCCCUUCAACUCAACAAUGCACACUCUGGAUUGACGCACACGGUCACAAAGUGGCGAAGAACAAAGUGACAUCGCCGCGGCUGCUUGUUCAGGACGCAUCACCUUAAUUUCCCUGAUUGGCAGAUUGUGACGGAAUCCAAGCGCUCUUGAAUAAUUUACAUCUCUGAGGUGAAGCGUUUCUCCACUGUGCACCUGUUGUGAGCUCUUCAGGAAUUCUCUCUUACACAUCGGUCGCUCGGGGACAAACAGGGGUCCUGAAGUUCUGAGAGGAGAUGUGAGGCUCAGUGAAACGCAACACUGCGCGCAUGUGUCGUGUAUUAAUCCUCUUACUGCAGCAGAUGCUCGUCUGUCAAUCAACCUGACGCGGCUGCGCGCGCUCGAACUUGACUUGAGAGCGCGAGAGAAAGAACACAGCAGGUGCGUGAGGGAUCCGCGCCGUCGUUUAGCGAUGCAGGAAUGGUAAAUAAAGCCGUUUAUUGAACAAAGGAUGUCUUGACCGGCCACAGGCUUGUUUUGAACCACUAAAGUUGCACUUGUUUACCGGACAACGCAAUGCCGUCGCAGGACGAGGCUGAGGCGCUAAAUGAAGACGACAGUCCGCCUCCGGUUCCACCGCGAGCGGCUCCUCAGCGACACUCACCGGCGUCCGCCGCCGUACCUGAGCGCCGGGUCAAGUGUGUACUGGUCGGGGACGCGGCGGUGGGUAAAACGAGCCUGAUCAUCAGCUACACCACUAACGGAUAUCCGGCAGAACACAUUCCCACCGCCUUUGACAACUUCACAGCUAGGGUUGUGGUGGAUGGAAGACCAGUUCAACUUCAACUGUGUGACAUGGCAGGACAGGAUGAGUUUGAGCGCCUCCGUCCACUCUGUUACCGUGAAGCUGAUGUCUUCCUGCUCUGCUACAGCGUGGUUCUUCCAUCCUCCUUCAGGAGCGUCACGGCCCGCUGGGCCCCCGAGGUUCAUCGCCUCUGUCCGGGCGUUCCCAUCAUCCUCGUGGGCACCCAGAGCGACCUGCGAGAGGACGUCCAGGUGCUGAUCCGACUCGCGGACGGCCAGGAGAAACCAGUGAGCGGAGACGACGCCCACCUGUGCGCCCGGAGCAUCGGCGCCGCCACAUUUGCUGAAUGCUCAGCGCUGACGCAGAAGAACCUGAAGGAAGUGUUCGACGGCGCCAUCCUGGCCAGCAUGCGGCACACGGAGGAGGCGGCGUGGCCGAGGAUGCUUACGCUGAGAGAAAAAACUCCAGAUAAAAUCAAGCAGCUCUCAGAAACAUGGUGGAGGAAACUGAGCUGCGUCCAGAGCUUUGACCUUCACUGACGGAGGAUCCAGUUAUGCCACACUGGUCGGUCUGAGUUGCCUUCCGCUCACAAUAUAAACAAACCCUCUUAAAGUCAAGUCCAGAUGAAAUGGGAUUUACAGACACAUUUUACUGUGGUGCAUUUCCAAAUUAAACCGCAUAUUCAGCGAGCAACAAUGUAGGACGGGAUGUGACUUUACUGUGAAAAGUAGCUGUUUUAUGUCAAGUUUACAACAACAAACAUUUUUUUGUUUGGAAUAAUGUGAAGUGAAUUGUGCACAAUACUGAAAACGUGCAUUAGGAAAGUAAAUAGGGUCAGUUUUGAUUCAUGUUUACUUCUAGACAUUUUAGAUAUGACAAAAUGAUCAUUUUCAUUAGAAGCUAAUGUAAAAACUUGAAAGUACGUGACAGAUCAACUGAUAAAUAAUUGCAAGGACUUUUUUUUUUUUGUAAAAGCCCUUGUCGUAAGAGUAGGGAAAAGAUGAGGAUACCAUUUGUAGCCAUAUGUGAAUUUAUAUAUUAUUAUUAUAGAUAGUUUGGAGUAUGCUUUUUUUCUUUAAAGAAGUUAAUUUCUAAAGGAUCAUGUGACACUGCUAAAAUAAAUUAAGUUUUUCAUCACAAAAAAAAUUACAUUCUGCAAUAUAUUCAAAUAGAAAAGUUAUUUUAAAAUGUAAAUAUAUUAAAAAAAUUAUUUUUCUGUCUUAAUUGGACCUCCUUUAGCGUCACCUGUUACGUGUUGUAUACACCGGUGACCCAGAAUCGUUUGUGUCGUUUGGCCCAGUACCCUGCACUCAUAGCAGUGGAUUAGCUGAUCCUGUGAACAGACUGAAGAUCAAGACUGAAGGAGUCGGAUUUGAUAUCUGCGUUACACCUGUUGUACUCCUGUAUAGUCUGAUAUUUUGUUUACCACUUCAUUUCAACUAUUUACUUCAUUUUAUACUCAUGAUAAGUCAUAUAAAGGAACUGAAAUGAAAGUGUUACAGUGUUUUCGUUUCAUACAUUUAAAGUAGAUUUGCGUCAACGAAAAUGAACUCUUGUUCAGACAGCCGUCAAAGGUCCGUAUGGCCCUAAAGCCUUUAAUCAGAUCCGAUUCAUUUACAUCAUUGUGUUACGCUUUUCCCUCUGCAAUCUGGGACUCUCACAGCAGACGUAAUUACCGCCAUCACAGAAUGACAAUUACCUGCACAAUGACACUUACUGUAGGCUACAGGCUCUGAGUGGAUCUGAAUGGACUGAAAUAACACAAAACCCUUUAAUAGCAGCGUUUACAGCCUCUAAUAUCUGACUCGCAGGUGCCGGCUGAAGCUUGUACAGUAAUGAGAUUCAUACGUGCAAAUAUACUGUUUUAAGCCACCUAAGUUUGGUGAGGUUUAAACACCUGAGCUUCUUCUCAGUGUGUCAAUCUGUAUCGAGAACAUGAAGAACUGAAAAAUUCAUAUUGAUUAACUACAAACAUGAAUUGCAAAAUCCAUGGAAGUUGAAGUAUUUUACAUUUUUAUGCAUUUAGCGUCUUUAUCGGUUCAUGCACUGAAUUAAAACCCAUAAGCGUGGCUUUGCUAGCAACAUGUUUUAAUAUUUGAGCUACAGAAAUGUAUGCAUGCAUUUACUUAAGAAAAAAAAAAAAAUGAUACAAAGUUUUAAAAUGAGGAAAUUGUAUUUGUUUGUUUUUUUCAUAUGAACUUUCAGAACAUUUUCAGUUUUGAUGUAAUGAUUUAUUUGGUGUCAUUACCAAAGUGCUCAGUAUUUGAGGACUUAAAUUCAGAAAUAGUGAUUUAUUUGAAUUCAAAGUGAAUUUACUGCAGCGAGGUGGGCAGAUCGGCUCCCGUGCCGCAGCUGAUCCUGUAAUGGGUCGAGACAGAAGCCACCUGUGGGAAUUAGGCGGGCAGAUGGCGACUGGUUUUCCCCUCACAGGAUCUCUUGACCUCAACCCCCACCUGCUGCAGGAAUAACACCAGUACAACAGGCCUUGAGAGCUGAACCUGGGUGAUUUUAUCAGUCUGACUCACUGAAACAGAUCAUUCAGUUCAGCUGGUGUUCUGAGGCGAUGACAAUCCUAAAGAGUGACUUACUUUUUUUUUGUUUUUCCAAAAACAUGACUGCAAACAAUAUUUCCUACUCAGCGUAUUUUAAUACACUGUUACUGUCAAUAGUAUUCAAUAUAAGGCUUUAAUUGUCUCUCUAGUAGUAGUGCACUUCACCUGUAGAGGACACUAUUGAGUUACGUCCUGAACAUCAGGUGAACACAAGAGGUCAAGGUCGUCCAAACUGAAGCAUCUUCUGUGCGGGUGCUGCUGGGAUGGCAUUAAUGCUUUCACUGCCAUGUGGCUAUUGGCAGGGAUGUUUUAAGUCACAAUGAAUGUCUGAAUGCCAUUGAAAUCAAU